AUGGAGGAAGAAAUAACCAUUCGAGUGGAAGAAAACCCUUCGAAACCGGAACGCACGCUGCGCCCCAUAAUGUACGUCUCUUGGUUCCUGGGCGUCGGAGUCGCUCGUCCUAGCAAGUGUCCUAAACCGAUCACUAUGAUCCUUCGCCUGUUUCACUUUGCUGUUUGCACGGUGAUCGUUGCUUUCGCCGCGAUGGAUUUCGCGAAAAACUUCGGCAAAGUGUUCACCAGCGAGCUUUUCGAGAUCAUGUACUGCAUGAACGAGACCAUUCGCCACGUCUCGGCGUAUUACUAUGUCUACCACGUGAUACAACAGUACGACAAGUGGCCUGAACUGACGAGAAAGAUAAAAUUGUUGGACGAACACAUCGGCAAAGAGCUACCGAUAAACGACAGGCCAGUCAGAAUUAAACAGAUCCUGGCUAUUAUGAUAGUCUGUUUGCUCGGCCCUGUAUCGCUGGCUGCUCACGUUUGCUAUUAUUAUUUCAUUGCUCCCGAUCAGAUCUUCGCGUCCGAUUUGCUUUUUUAUUACACGAUCGCCCAGGCCCUGGCGAACAGUUUCGUGUUCGACAUCGUCGUGUACAUGGUCUGUCAGAGAUUCAGAGCGAUCAACGGGACGAUCGAGCAGUUGGACGAAAGAUUGGGCGCGUACUGGGUUGCCUCGAAGAUUCGGAGGAUCAGAAAGCUACACAGUGAAGCAUGCUCCGUGAUAGCGACGAUAAACGAGAUCUACGGAAUAGAUCUGUUGUUGUGUUCGACGAACGCGUUCAUAACAGUGGUAGCGAAGCUCUUUAGAAUCUACAUGAGCGCGGCGGAGCAUAAAAUCGGUUUCAUAUUUUUGAACAACAUUAUCUGGAUGAUCUACGGUGGCCAAUUCAUCGUGAUGUGUUGGGUAUGCACGUUGACGCACCGGGAGAUAAAUAAAAUUGGCCCGUGCGUGGAGGAGUUCGUAUUGAAUAUCCAAAACGCGACGAAAUUCGAUAGAUCGACAGCUUUCAGAAGUUUGCGUAACGAAGAACCGACACGGUUGAAGAUCUACGACGAUCGAUCCGCGACGAGUCUAAACGGUUUCGGCAUGGAAAGUCUUUUGCGACCGAAUUUCGAACGUGAUUGCGUCCGUAACGAGGCUAACGAUUUCGCGUUACAGUUGCAACAAUAUCGCGUUAAAUUUACGGCCUGCGACUUUUUCGAAAUGGGCAACUCCUUGCUGACGAGAUUCGUCAGCGUUAUCACCACAUACUUGAUCAUUCUCGUUCAGUUCUAUAAACCCGAGGAGACCUCGAAGUCUCAACCUUCAUAA